UAAUGAACACUACCCGUUGAUACGGUUCUGUCCAACAGGCGAGGAGUACGUAAGAAAGGAAGAAAACCCUUCAACAAAAUCCGUCCACUUCGUUGACCUUGCAGGGUUCUGGACCAAGUACUCGCGCCAUGAUCCUCUCGUGUUUACAAGUAGGAAUCCUUGCCACUUCGCUGGCCAUUUUCCGUGCAGGAAUAGUGAAAGCAUCUCCAAGUUUGCCUCGCAGUGCAUCUUCAAGACAGGUGGAAUUUCCAGCGGUUGAUGUGCCCUCUCAUAUCAACCCGUAUCCUGAUAAACCACGUAUCACCUUCAGUUCUUCUGGGACUUUUAAGUUGACCGUAUUCUCGGAUCUUCAUUAUGGCGAAAAUCCCUGGGAUGAUUGGGGACCUCAACAGGAUGUUAAUAGCAAACGCCUGAUGCGCGGUGUACUGGCUACUGAGAAGCCUGACUACGUCGUACUGAAUGGAGAUUUAAUCACUGGCGAAGAUACUUUUCGGGAGAAUUCUACCACUCUCAUCGACCGCAUAGUGGCUCCUCUAAAUGAAGCAAAAAUCCCCUUCUCUUCUACAUACGGGAAUCACGAUAACGAGGCAAACAUCACACAUCUUGAAGAAAUACGACGGGAGCAGCUCGAUAGUUAUCUAAGCUACACUCGCACCGCACCACCUGGUAUUGGAGGGGAGGGAGGGGAAGGGAAUUAUUGGGUUCCAGUCUACGAAAAAGUGACAGAUCUGACGCCUGCUUUGAUCCUGUGGUUUUUUGAUUCUCGAGGUGGUUGGUCCCCAGGAUCCACAUCUGCGCCACUACCCGACUGGGUGGACGACUCUGUAGCAGGAUGGAUUGAGCGCGAGACAGCUGCAAUGGAAGCUGGAUGGGAUUCAAUAGAAAGGAGAGAGCGAGGAGCGUUAGCCUUCGUACAUAUACCUCCACAUGCAAUCGAGAAUGUGCAGAAGACGCUGAACAGCACGGCAAACCCAGGACUAAAUGCCGACACUCUAUCCCAGGGAUCAACACAAGCCACUACUGACCCGUCAUCAGCCGGAAAAGACCAACCAUUCUGGGAUGCGUUGAAUGCCAACGUCAAAAACCUACACGCAGUGAUCUCUGGGCACGAUCAUGGCGACGAGUGGUGCGCCCGUGAGCCUACGAAGGAUGUUAUAUUUUGUUUUGACAAGCACUCCGGAUAUGGUGGUUACAGUAGCCCAGGAUGGGGUCACGGUGUACGGAAUAUUGUGUUCCCCUCUGCAGAUCCUAUUGGUGGGCUUGAAUCGUGGAUCUUACUCGAGGACGGAGAGACGACGGCAAGAGUUACACUGGACGGGAACUAUGGUCGAUGAUUUGCGAUUCGGUGACCAACGUUUGUUGUGUGCAUACUUGUCCAUGGGAGUUAUCACAGCAUCACACACGUUUACACGCUUUUGGACAAGAGCAGUGCAUGACAUCAACCUAUCACUUGGGAUCUACGUGAACGUCACGGAUCCUUCAACAUUAGAAACUAUUAUAUGUUCUUAAAAUGAUCAAAAUUAAUGUCCAUCUGUGAAUUGCAGUGUAAAGCAAUAUUGCACGCUCUACAAUAAUUGAUGGGUUUGGCCAGGAGCUCAAGACUCGG